AUGAACCUCCAGAUCCACCUGUUGCUUUCUGUAAGUGCUCGAAAGGGGAAGGCCCUCUACAGCGGCCUCGUGCUGACGGGAGCCGCGUACCUCCUGUGCCGGGCGGUGUGGCUGAACAUAGGCGGCGCGCGGGACCCCAGCGAAGGCGUCCGAGUCGGACCCGAUAUCCAAAAGUGGGAUUUUCAGGCUGGCUUCGUCAGGGAGGACAAGGAGGGCAAGUCGCGGCUCCCGAACGACGGCGUCAACGGCACCUCUCCACACCGGCAGGCCUUACAGUAUUUGAUCGAGGAACCUAACAUCUGCAAGGACUUUCCUGAUGUGAAGAUCGUUUCGUAUGUCCACUCCGCCGCCAAGAAAACAGAGAACAGACAGCUGAUUCGGGACACGUGGGGGAGCAUGGAGUACUACAAGCAGAUCCACUUACGUAUUUUCUUUGUCUUCGGAGCUGCGGCGUCUCAGGAGGAACAAGACAUCAUCGAUGAGGAGAGUGAAAAAUUCCACGACAUCGUCCAACUUGACUUUGUGGAUUCGUAUAAAAAUUUAUCCUAUAAGGGGGUAUCGGCCUUGCAGUGGAUCACGGAGCACUGCUUGCAGGCGGAGUGGAUCCUCAAGAGCGACGACGACAUGAUAAUCAACGUGUUCGGCUUGGUGGACUACCUCAACCUGUACAGCAAGUGGCUGGCCUCGCACGACGAGGGUCCCCCCAAAAUGAUCAUGUGCGCUGUGUGGUGGGGCAUGCCCGUCCUGCGAGGCACAGGCUGUGCCAAGUGGUGUGUCACGGAGGAAGAGUGGCCAGAGAAGUCCUAUCCGACGUACUGCUCCGGCAGCGCCUUCGUCAUCCCGACGCACCUGGCGCCAAAGCUCUACCACGCCUACUUCCAUGCACCGUUCCUGUGGGUCGACGAUGCGUACAUCUCGGGCGUGUUGCCUAAGCAGGCGGGCAUCAAGCACCGACCUAUCCACUCGCUCUACGAGCUCAACCACUUCCUCAUGGCAAAGAACGUUAUCCACGGGAACCGCCUCUUCUGCCACCACCCUGGCAAGGCCUUCUCACGGGCGACCUGGUGGCCCCUCAUCGCCGCCAAGGAGGGCAGAGGCUGACGCCGUCACGUCGUGAGGGAAGCGCCUCGGGAAUCAAACUAUAUUUUACUACAUCCAAAUUUUCAUACGAGACUAAUAUAUAUUUUGAAUCGAUGUAUAUAAGACUACAUGGCAUUAAUAAAAUAUGUUUCGAAGCAGGAGCAUUUACAUACAGUGAACUUUAUUUUUUGUAAAUGUUGAUGUUUGGUAAAGGGCUUUGCUGGGAAGAAGUAUAAGUUUUCGGAGUAAAAA